CCCGGGACGCAGGGAGGAGGAGGGCGGCUCGGCCAGCACUGCCCGCGGCGCCGCGCUCCCGCACGCUCCCGGCCGGGUGCAAAGGCCACAGGAGGUGUGCGUGGUCAUGGUGGUUGAACCUGCUGCUUGGGCGGAGGUGCUGUCAGUCCAGGGAGGAGGUGCUGGUUUCAUGGGAGUUGCUGAGGCAGCCCCCGCAGGUGCCAUGACUCAGCAGCCCCAGGAGGGCUUCGACAGGAGCGUGGAGGAUGCCCGGGAGUGGAUGAAGGCUGUGCAGGAGCGGCUGCAGGUCAAUGACAACACCCAGGGACCCCGCGAAGCCCUGGAGGCCAGACUGCGGGAGACCGAGAAAAUAUGCCAGCUGGAGCCAGAGGGCCGCGUGAAGGUGGAUGUGGUGCUGCGGGCGGCCGAAGCCCUGCUGGCGCGCUGCCAUGAGGACCAGAAGCCCCAGAUCCUGGCCCGGCUGAGGGACGUCAAGGCCCAGUGGGAGGAGACGGUCACUUACAUGACCCACUGUCACAGCCGUAUCGAGUGGGUGUGGCUGCACUGGAGCGAGUACCUGCUGGCCCGGGAUGAGUUCUACCGCUGGUUCCAGAAGAUGACGGUGGCGCUCGAGCCCCCCGUGGAGCUGCAGCUGGGCCUGAAGGAGAAGCAGUGGCAGCUGAGCCACGCCCAGGUGCUGCUCUACAACGUGGACAACCAGGCCGUGCUCCUGGACCGGCUGCUGGAGGAGGCGGCCUCCCUGCUCAACAGGAUCGGGGACCCCAGUGUGGACGAAGAUGCCCAGAAGAGGAUGAAGGCUGAGUACGACGCAGUGAAGGCCAAAGCCCAGGACAGAGUGCACCUGCUGGAGCGGGUGACCCAGGAGCACGCGCAUUUCCAGGCAAGCGUGGACGAGUUCCAGCUGUGGCUGAAGGCAGUGGUGGAGAGGGUGAGCAGCUGCGUGGGGCACAAGAGCCAGCUGAGCACCAAGGACCGUCUCUCGGCGCUGCAGGACAUCGCCAGCGAUUUUCAGGGUAAGGAGUCUUUGAAGAGGCUGGAGGAGCAGGCUGUGGGCGUCAUCCAGAACACCUCUCCUUUGGGCGCGGAGAAGAUCACCAAAGAACUGGAGGAGAUGCGGAACGUUCUGGAGAAGCUGCGUGUGCUCCAGGAGGAGGAGGAGGGGCGCCUGCAGGGUCUGCUCAAGUCCAACGGAGCCUGUGAGCAGCAGAGGAGGCAGCUGGAGGCCGAGCUGGCAGAGUUCAGGAAGGACCUUCAGAGGCUGGCGGAGGAGGACCUGGAGCCCGAGACCAAGGCCAGCACUGAGGACGAGCUGGUGGCCCGCUGGAGACUCUACUCGGUGACGCGGGCGGCUCUGGCCGCGGAGGAGCCGAGGGUGGACAGGCUGCAGGCCCAGCUGAAGAAGCUCAUCGCUUUCCCCCAGGACCCACAGCCACUCUCGGACAGCGUGGUGGCCACCAUCCAGGAGUUCCAGAGGCUGAAGGCGAAGACCAGCAGGCUAUGCAAUGCCGCGGAUGUGCAGCUGUGGCAGCGUCUCCAGCGGCCCCUGCAGGACCUGCAGCUGUGGAGGGCUCUGGCCCAGAGGCUCCUGGAUGUCACCGCCAGCCUGCCAGACCCGCCCUCCAUCCACACCUUCCUGCCGCAGAUCGAGGCGGCCCUGGCAGAAAGCUCCCGCCUGAAGGAGCAGCUGACGAUACUGCAGCUGAAGAAAGACCUGCUGGGCGGUGUCUUUGGCCAAGAGAGAGCCGCGGUCCUCCUGGAGCAGGUGGCCACCUCUGUGAGAGACAGGGACUUGCUGCACAACCGUCUCCUUCAGAGGAAGAGCAAACUGCAGAGCUCGCUCGCUCAGCACAAAGAUUUCGGGGCGGCUUUUGAACCCCUGCAGAAAAAGCUCUUGGACCUCCGAAUCAGGAUCCAGGCCGAGAAUGGGCUUCAGCGGGAUCUUCCUGGAAAACAGGCCCAGCUUUCGAGGUUGCAGGGGCUGCAGGAGGAGGGGCUGGACCUGGGGGCGCAGGUGGAGGCCACGCGGUCUCUGAUCCAGGACAACCCCAACCACCAGCACAAAAUGGACCAGCUUUCUGCCGACUACCAGGCCCUGCACAGGUCCCUGGAGGACCUCGUGGACAGGUGCCAGCAGAGCGUACGGGAGCAUUGCACCUUCAGCCACCAGCUGCUGGAGCUGCGGCACUGGCUCGCCGUGCUCACUCAGAAGCUGGAGGCCCACCGGGGGUACCUGGGCCCGUGGGAUGCUCAGUCCCGAGAGGCUGAGGCCGAGAGACUGCUGGCCGAGCUCCCAGAGAAGGAGGCCCAGCUGCCCCUGAUCGAAGCCCUCGGGCGGCUGGUGAUGGAGAAGUCCUCUCCGGAGGGGGCCGCCAUGGUCCAGGAGGAGCUGGCGGAGCUGGCGGAGUCGUGGGGGGCCCUGAGGCUGCUGGAGGAAAGCCUGCAGAGCCUCGUCAGAAACCAGCAGCUGCAGAGGACGGAAGUGGAUUCAGGGAAGAAAAUGAUUUUCACCAACAACAUUCCAAAGACUGGGUUUCUCAUCACCCCCACCGAUCUCAUUUCCCGACAUCACCGUCGGGCACGUCCGCUGCUCCGGGAGGGAGAAGGCAGCCACGAAGAUUUCUCCCAGCUCCUGAGGAACUUUGAGCUCUGGUUGCAGGUGGAAAAUUCCAAGCUGGUUAGAAUCAUCGCCAUGAAAGCUGCCACCGCCGAGGACUUGAGGACCAGAGAAACAAAGUUGCAGGAGCUGGAAGCUCGGGUCCCAGAAGGUCAGCAUCUCUUUGAAAACCUCCUUCGUCUUGGACCAGCGAGGGGGUCUUUGGAUGAGCUGGAGGAUCUGCGCUACCGGUGGAUGCUGUACAAGUCCAAACUCAAGGACUCCAGCCUCCUGCUGACGGGGAGUUCUCCAGGGGAGCCGACUGGAUUCCAAAAGACUCCACGGGGGCGAGGGCUGGGCGCCUUCUGCCGGAAGGUGUGCUGCGUGGCGCUCCCCCUGCAGCUGCUGCUGCUGCUGCUGCUCCUGCUGCUCUUCCUGCUCCCCGUCGGGGAGGAGCACCGCAGCUGCUCGCUGGCCAACAACUUCGCCCGCUCCUUCAGGUUCAUGCUCCGCUACAACGGCCCCCCACCCACUUAGCCCCCCCGGACCACGCGGGCCACAUUCUUCUCCAAACUUCCAUCAGCCCCGGGGCUCCUCCAGAGGGUGCGGGGGAAACUGGAAACAGGGCAAGCGGAGCCCGCGGAGCUGCAUCCAUGUAAAUACUGUAUCUGUGGUCUUCAAAAGAAUGUUACUUUUAUACAAUACCCUCUUAGUCUGUUUAUACCAAAUGUGUACCCUGUGUGAUGAGGGGGUAAGGCACAGCAUUUUUAUACGCUCUGUGUGCACAUGCUCAGUCUGUAUAAUUUCAUAUAUGACCUCUAUUUGUCAUUGGGAAGAUUCCCAGCAGCGUACUUGUCCAGUGGGAUCUUGUAGCCUUUUGGCUUUGGUCUGCAGUCAGCCCUGGAAAGCAGGAGCAACAACAUGUCGCUUUUCCAGCCACUUCCUCCCAUCCAAGAGGCAAGCUCCCCACCCAGAUGUUCUGGAAGAGGCCGCCGAGGUGUCAGCAUGCAAGAACAACACUGGCCCUCACUCAGAGCCCAGUAACUCUUGCUUUACGCACAGUGAGAACAGCCAUGCUCGUCUCGUCUUUAAAUUGACAAUGAAUUAGAUGCCGUGGAUUAGAGCGGAGAGGGUGCGGAUCCCGGGCAAGCUGAGUGACAGCAGUGAAAAAUGGCAUGUGAUAGAGCGAGGUUAGGGAGGAAAAGAACCCCAGAGAGAAGACCCGGCACUAAGCAAGCACCGCAGAACAUGGGGACAUCAAGUGCAAGGGGCCCGGACAGCGCGGACCAGCGAUGAACGUCCAAGGUCGGGAUGCCGAGUCUUCAGGAAGUGGUUAGCUUGAGCUCCGUGUGUUGUUUGCCCUGUUCAGGGAGAAUGUGACAGAGAGACAUCAUAUGGUUAAGAUUUUGAUCCCCAAGGGUAAGCAGUCCGUGCACCACCCACCUGACAUGCCCGCCAAGAUGUGUCACCUCCGUCGCUCUUUGGCUGAGUUUUUUUCAUCAUCUAAGACUCAGGUUGAAGGGACAGAGGGGAGCAUCUGCCGCAUCAGGGACCAGGGCUCGAGGGUCCAAGGCAGAGAGGAGAGGUCCGCCCUGGAGCUGAGCCUGUCUGUCCCUCCUCCUCCAGAAGGGACUUUGGAGAGAGGUGGGUCCUCUGGGCCAAGAAUGUCUCACCUGUGCACCCACAAGGGACCCAGGUCCCUGUUGAGCGGGGCGUGGCAGUCAGGCCCACAGACCGCUUGCGCUUUGAGGCUGGAACUGCCUUCCUCCCCCCAGGGAAUUAGCAACAGUUCCUAAGUGCUUCAUAACUGGAUCUUAUUUUCCCCAAAUCGACACUAGUUUUCCUUUUUAAAAAAUGCUGGAGCUCUCCUUGUGGCUCUCAGUCGGUUAAGAACCUGACUAGUAUCCCUGAGGAUGCGGGUUCGAUCCCUGGCCUCACUCAGUGGAUUAAGGAACGGGUGUAGCGCUGCCGGGUGGGAGUGUCUACGUAUAUUUUUUAAACGUUGACAAUGAUGCCAUAGAGCUUGUUGGCAUAACUUUUUUUUUUUAAAAAAAGAAUUGAUAUUUUCAUACUUUCAUGCAAAUACUGUUGCGACAUAACAACCACUGACGGUGCUUUUCAACUGUAAUCUCUUUUGCUUAACGUGGGUGCAGGCAGGUAUGAUUUUUAUGAUUUUCUAGCUUCCCGAGCGCCAACUGGAAGAGCUUUAAAGUGCCUUUUGAGAAAGGGGUCACAGAGGGACCUUGCUAUGUAUAUUUUUCCUCUGUGGCCCCAGAGCAGGGAAGGUGGUGAGACGUGUGACCAUUACUGCCCAGUCCCAGUCUAUGUCUAUGCAUGCGUGUGUGUGUGUGUGUGUGUGUGUGUGUGUGUCGGAGACAGAGGAAGGGAAAAGAGAGAGGAGGGGAGAGAGUAAGAGAGUUGGGGCAGAAGAGAGAGAGAGAAAAAGAGGAAGGGAGAGAGAGAUAGAGAGAGAGUUAGAGGGGAUGGGAAGAGGGCAGAGAGGAGAGAGAAACGCCCUGGGCCUGAUGGAAAAGCUGCUGGUCCCCCUCCUUCGCUGUGUCUCUCGCCGAGUCCACUAAGGGAGCCCCGAGAGUGGCUGUGCCUGGGGCACUGUGGGGGUGCAGAGAGGUCCCUGUCUGCUCCAAAUCCUGAGAUGCCUGUGGCAUCCUUUGAAGUCUGUUACCCGAGUGUCUCACUGGUGGCAGCCAGUGACCCCCAGCGAGCCUCCUGUGUCCCCAGGUCCCGAUCAUGCCCUAAUUCCCACGCUCAAGGGGACUCAGCGAAUGGAGCAGGGGCUCCCCCCAACUUCCCUCACCCCAGUAGGAUUGUCACCCGGCUGGCUCAGCAGCAGAGGAGGCGGGUGAGGCCAUGAACUGGAAGCGCAGGCCCAGCAUUAAGUAGGCAGCAUCCGCGCCCGUGACCGCCUCCGCGGCAGACCCGGAGGAGCGCGGCGAGCCCUUCCCCGCCCCCGCUCCAGCCCCAGUGGACCUCGCAGUCCUCGCUCAAAGUCGGUCCAGGCAGCUACUGCCAAUCGAUCACAUUGGUCAUGUGAGAAAAACCUCUUUGACAUCCUUGUACCCAAUCCCAGCCCCCUCAGAAAAUUCUGGCCUCUUCCUUUAAAAAAAAAAACUCUAAAAUUAGGGUUCCCCAAUCAUCUCCCUCAGUGUAGGACUGGGAGACACGAACUAACCCCCGAAGGCAGGAAAUAGGCUGAAUUACCACAUAGGGCAUUUAGGGAAAGCAAAAUGGAGCAGCACAUGCUACAUGACCGGUGUUUUUUUUAUCUUUUUUGUCUUUUUUGCCAUUUCUUGGGUCGCUCCCGUGGCAUAUGGAGGUUCCCAGGCUAGGGGUUGAAUCGGAGCUGUAGUCACCGGCCUACACCACAGCCACAGCAGCGCCAGAUCCGAGCCACGUCUGUGACCUACACCAGAGCACACGGCAAUGCUGGAUCCUCAACCCACUGAGCGAGGCCAGGGAUCGAACCCGCAACCUCGUGGUUUCUAGUCGGAUUCGUUAACCACUGCGCCACGACGGGAACUCCCGAUGACCGGUGUUUUUACAGACCAUCUUGGUCCAACCUCGUACCCCUUUUACAUGUGAGGAAAUUGAGGUGCCGACAGCUGCUGUUCACUUGGUGAAUUCAGGGAGUUCCUUCCAGAGGCGGGAGUAGAUCUCUGCACCCAGUGGGUGACAGAGUGACACUGCUCAGGCUGACCAGGGUGGAGAGGGAGCUCUGCUGUGAAGAGAUGGGGGACCUUGGGGGAGCCCCCUGCCCCCUCCCCGCCAGCCACUGGUAAAGGGGAUAUUAGCCCUAGCAUCUUCAGGGCUGCCUGAAAUAUUAGAUAUUUGGAGAAGGUGAUGGUGGACUUCCGUCUGGUGCAGAACCCCUAGAUUCAGCCACAAGUGUCAGAAGCCACCCCCCCGCCCCGCAACCUUGACUUAAACAAAUCAGGGCAUUGCUCUUCCCUUAUCCUGAGAGGUCAAGAGCCAAGCAGUUGUUAGCAUCAUUUUCUCAACUCUAGAAUGUCAGGACCAAGGUUCUGCAGCUCUCUUUUCUUUUCCUUGUGGUUACCUCAUGGCCCAAGAUGCUUGCUCUACCUCCAGAUUUUUCAUCUGAGUUCCAGGUUGGAAGAAGGAGAAUGGGCUGGGUGAACCGGCUCAACUUUUCAGCUUUCCCAGAAACUCUGCCCAGAUACUUGUGUUGACCUCUCAUUGGUCAGACCUGUGUCACAUGGUUCCUCUCCAUCUGCCAGGAGUCUGGAAACUUGUCCCCCCACAAAAUGAGCAUCUUUUAGCAAGAAGGAAGGAUUGGGGUGGCACUUAGAUGUCUCUGCUGCAGCCAUCCUGAUCCUCUGUGUCUUGAUCUCAUGUUCCGUCAGCUGAACUUGGAGGCAUUUAUCAUUGAGGCGUGAGAAAGAUCUUCCACCACUGCCUCCCCAGAGUCCCUCCCCCUCCCCAAGGUGCCACAGCCAGACAAGGCCCACCUUCUUACAAGACUUCAAAUAAAUCAGGUUCCUUUCUUGGUCAGACUAUAUGCGGGGGCAGCCCUCCCACCCCCAUCUCCCCCCCUCCCAUCCCAUCCUGACCGUGUAGACCCAAGGAUAAAUUUUUUAACACUCUUGUGUUUGGAUUCAGCCCAGGAAAUGUAUAUUUGCUUUAAUUUCUUCUGGAACAUGAGUUACUCCUGGGUGCAAAUCCUGGAAAGAGAGUCUCUCUGAGCUUUUCCAGGCUGGUCUCCCAUUUUUCAGCAGACCGUGGAGGCCUCAAAAGCAUUAGGCUAGCAGAGCCCAUGGCGCCUCCAGCAGAAGAUGAGAUUCAAAGGACUUAAACCAUCAUUUCUCCCUUGGUUUCAAUUGCAAGAGAAAGGCUUCUUGUCUGUCAUAUUAGAAAAGGGGGGAAUUCAUUUUUAAAAGGAAAUUAAAAAGACAAAAGCUUACGGUUUAAAAACAGAUCAUAAGGCAGAGUACCCAGAGCCUUAAAGAACAGUCAGCCCAUUCCGCAUCCUCCAGUGGUUGUCAUGGUAACGUCACAGCUGCUAACAGGUUGGUACCCAACCACCUUGGGCAGACAGGGGAGAGUAAUCAUACAGAGGGACCACGGCUUCUCCGAAGGGGCCUGGGCUUGCUUUCAGGAAUCCUUACUUCUGAGCUCAGCAACCAGAGCAAGGUUGGCAGCCCUGUCCUGAUGGAAAUGGGAGGGAAGAAACACAUUGAGAACGGACCAGGUGGCCCUGAUUCCUUCCCAAAGCGCAUGGCAUCACAGCCUUGUUUUUAGACCCUGAAACCAGAGUACGGGGAAGGUUAGCAGCCUGCCCAUAAGCAGCCAGCUAGUGGGCAAGCGGUCAGUUUGGGAUGUGAACCCAGGGGUGAUGGGCUCCAGACGUCUCCACGGAAAUUCACCUCCAGCUUCUUUUCUUUCCCUGGCAGGCCCCAGGCUGCCGCUGCUUUGGCAGCUGGUUAGCUGGUUAGCUGGGUGGGGGGUCUGCGGGAAUUCUUUCUGGUGCCCAGUCCCCCAGGGAGCUGGCACCACCAAGGCGACAUGCUGGGGGACAGAGGCAGGUGCCUGCCUUCCCUGGAAAAAAUAGAAACAGACCACCUUGUAUAUAGGCAGCGCCACCUCUUGUGCAGGACAGGGUCGGCUUUGUGACACUUCUGCCUCUGGAACAGUUCUGAUGCCUUCACUGGAGGGAAAAAAAGAGGCAUUGUCUCUCCAGAGGUAGUGGCCUUACAUGUUCUAGAAGUUCUAUGGGUGAGGAAAAAAUGGACAGAGUAAGUUUUGUGUGAAUGUGGUAUAUGUGCAUGUGUGUGUGUGCACUCUUGUGCACGCGUGUGUGUGCUUGCCUGUGUGUGCCUACACUACAUGCUUAUCUCCACCUGCUAGCACAGCUGCGCAGCCCUUGUUCUCAUCCCUGGGCUUGUGGACAACAGACACCACCAGCCUGGGGUCUCUGGGAACCUCAGGACAUUUCCUGAUUCCAGCUUUUAUGCCUCUCAUAGGAGCAACUGGUUUCCGCACCCCACCCCUCACCGCUGUUCCCCACACAAAGGGAAGGUCUGUUGACCCCUGAGAUCUCUGCCAACUGGAAACUCCCUCAGGCUGGUUCAGAAACAAGUGCUCUCUUUCUCAGGCCAGCAUCUCUCUUUCUCAGACCAGCAUCUCUCUUUCUCAGGCCAGCAUCUCUCUUUCUCAGGCCAGCAUCUCUCUUUCUCAGGCCAGCAUCUCUCUUUCUCAGGCCAGCGUAUGACCUCGACCUGCUCGUGGAGGGCUGGUUUGCCCCUUUCUCUCCCUCUCUCUCUCUGUCUGUCUGUGUGUUUCAGAAAUCAAUGAUGUUCAAAUAUGCUAAAGACCCAGGGUUUGAUCAUUUAACAGCUCGCAGUUAAAUACACCUCGGGUCCUGUCCAUUUCCCUGCUCUCGACCACUGUUUAUUAAAACAGUCUUGAUGGUUCCCUAUCUCCUUAUGGUCUAAAUGUAUGUGAGUGAGGAAUUACAGCUCUACAUUCUCCUUUGUGUCGAAUUUUGUAGGACUUGGUUGAGGAAGUGUCAGCUUUUAUUCGUUUCAUUUCUCCAUUUAUAUUUAUUCCAUGUUUUCCUCCAGAAAACGUUGAAGGCAAGAUCUGAAUGUGUACAUGGGCAGCGCGAGGAUUGUGAGGGUAGAAAUAGCUUGUUUCUUGAUGUGCGUAAUAUAUUUUUAACCAAUAAGUGGAUUGGCUAAUGUAAAAAAUAUAUAUGCCCAGUGCCCCAGAAGGGAGGGCAGGAGAGAGGGGGGAAGGAAGGGGAGGGGAACCAGUGACAGUUCAGUGAAUUUGCUCAGCACCCAAGGUGCCCGAAGCAGGAAAAGUGGCAAGUUUAGGACACCAGCGCUGGAGAAAUGACUACUCUUCUCCUCCAUUUCAAGUCGAGG